GCUUUCCUCUUCUCUUCUUCCCCAAAACCCAAACUCAAACCCUUUUUUCUUUUAACCCUUAUCAUGCAUGAACUUCAUCUAUUACUCUUCUUCUUCUUCUUCUGAUCAUAUAUAUACACACACAUCUAUAUAUAUAUAUAUAUAGUGAGAGAGAGAGAGAGAGAGAGAGAGAGAGAGAGAGAGUGUCUGUGUGUGUGUUCGUCACUCCAAUUCAUAUGGGUUCCAUGAAUAAUAACUGGUUAGGCUUCUCCCUUUCACCUCAAGAACAGCUUCCCCAAGAAAACUCAUCAUCACUUCCUACCUUAGACCAAAUCUCAGCUGCAGCAGCUGCCCAAGUUGUCUCCUCUCAAUCUUGCUUCAAUCAUCUCACUACUGCUACUGCACCCUCUCAUCAUUCAGGACUCCCCCUUCCCUCUCUCAAUCUUCCACCCCCUUUUUCCCUUUUCCAACCUUUCAACACAUCAAACCUUAACACCACCUCUCAAGAUUGGACUAGUAUCAAGGAUGUGAGCAUCAACUCUUUCUCAUGCAGCAGCCACAGCCACAGCCUGGAGAAUCAAGAAACGCCGAAACUGGAGAACUUUCUUGGGGUUGGAGGCCAGACGUCUUUUGCUCAUGAUCACCAUCAUCAACACCACAAGAAGCUCUGCCUUGAUCAUAUUGCAUCUAAUUCCGACACUAAUUAUGAUACUAGUAAUUUUAACAUCUACCAAGAAACUGAGCCCACUUCCCACCACACAAACACCACCACCACCAACAGUACCAUUGGCCUCUCCAUGAUCAAGAAUUGGCUCAGGAGCAACCCAGGCCCCCCAGACAACAAAGGCGGCGCCGACGAGGCGGUGGCUCCGCCGCCACUUGCUGGGCCGACGUCUGCAGGUGCACAGACAUUGUCACUCUCCAUGAACACAAAUGGCAAUGCAAUGGAGAGUUGUGCAUCAGAUAGCAAACUAGCUGACAGUCAGGCUGCAGGUGGUGGUGCAGUUGAGUCAGUGCCCCGGAAAUCUAUAGACACAUUCGGACAAAGGACCUCUAUUUACCGUGGUGUAACAAGGCAUAGAUGGACUGGCAGAUAUGAGGCACAUUUAUGGGAUAAUAGUUGUAGAAGAGAGGGACAAACCCGGAAAGGAAGGCAAGUUUACUUGGGAGGUUAUGACAAGGAAGAAAAGGCUGCUAGAGCUUAUGAUUUAGCAGCACUCAAGUAUUGGGGAACCACCACUACUACAAAUUUUCCUAUCAGCAACUAUGAGAAAGAACUGGAGGAAAUGAAGCACAUGACCAGACAGGAAUAUGUAGCAUCAUUAAGAAGGAAAAGCAGUGGAUUCUCUCGCGGGGCGUCUAUUUAUCGAGGAGUUACAAGACAUCAUCAGCAUGGGAGAUGGCAAGCAAGAAUUGGGAGAGUAGCAGGGAAUAAGGAUCUAUACUUGGGAACUUUCAGCACACAAGAGGAAGCAGCAGAAGCGUAUGACAUAGCAGCCAUCAAAUUCCGGGGCUUAAACGCCGUCACCAACUUUGAGAUCAACAGAUACGAUGUGAAAAGCAUACUGGAAAGCAGCACUUUGCCAAUAGGCGGAGCAGCAAAGCGCCUCAAGGAUGCUGAAAAUGCAGAGACGGCUUUAGAAAUGCACCGGGCUAAUGAAGGGAACUUGAGCUUGCACCUAACAGAUGGGCACAUAAACAACUACGGCAGUGGAGGGAAUAAUCAUUCCUGGCCGACGAUUGCAUUCCAGCAAAGUCAGCCCCUAAACAUGUACCCUUAUGCCCACCAGAGACUGUGGUGCAAACAAGAGCAAGAUCAUGAUUUCAGUCACGGUCUCAACGAUAUUCAUCAUCAACUUCAACUGGGAAACACGCAGAAUUUCUUGCAACCAUCUGUGUUGCACAAUCUCAUGAGCCUGGAUUCUUCCUCCAUGGAACACAGUUCAGGUUCUAAUUCCGUGGUUUAUGGGAAUAACAACGGGGACGGGAGUGGGAAUGGUUCAUAUGGGAAUGGAGCUAAUGGUAGCGGCUUUAUGGUGCCAAUGAUGGGGACAGUGAUUGUUCAAGAUGGGAGUCAAAACCAGGGAAACGGUUUUCUUGGGAAUGAAGGGGAGAAGGCAGUUGGGUAUGAGGGCAAUUUUGGAUCAUCAGAUGCUUAUCAGCAGGCAAGAAACUUGUAUUAUCAGUCUCAGCAAUCAUCAUCAGAUGGCAUAGGAUCAACUUGUAACAACUGGAUCCCCACUGCUGUGCCAACUCAGCUUGCAGCAAGGAACAGCAACUUGGCUGUUUGUCAUGGAGCUUCAAACUUUACCGUAUGGAACGACACGUAAAAUCCAGGACAGACAUGUUUUUCGGGAUCGUUAUAUACAUAACUAACUUUUUAUUUUAUUUUAUUUUUUCAAUGAUUACCCUGCUAAUUUGCUAGAAAGAGAGAAUCCAGGAUGAUAGCUAGGCCUUUGACA